AUGAUUAACUUAAUAGAUAAACUCAACCUCACCAAAGUUCUUAUAAUAUUGGGUCUUUUUAUCGACUUGGUAUUCGCUCUUUCAUUGAAUCCACGAUGCUCGACUAAACGGGAUGAUGACUUCAAGUUCGAACUUCUUCAAUCCGAUGGUGGUGAAGUAGUUCACAAUUUUGCCUUUACCGACGAUGCCCUUGACUAUGCAGAGCAUUUGUACCUUAAUGGAGAUGAUGUCACUCAAUACAAGGCAUACUGUAAUGAUACAAGAAUAAAUUUGGAGGAAUUCGACAUUUUUCAAGAGGGGUGGGCCAAGAGAUGGAAGUGUUCCAAUGCACCUUUGGGGACACGUUUUACGCAAAGGCGCACUGUACAACAUGGCAAAAAAUUCUCCGAAUGGGACCAAGUUAAAUGCGAGUUUAAUAACUCCAUCAGCUCCAAGCCUCUCAGAGCAACGCCAAAGCCAUGGAAGUAUUCCAAAUUCAAAAAGGUUGCAAAAGGGUUUAAUGUUGGAUCAGCUAAGAAGUUGGCAAAUUCAUCUGGUUUGAGUAUUGUUGACAAAGUGUCUUUCAAUAAUGAUAAGGAGGGGGUGUCGUGUGCAAGUAAGCUUGGGGAGUUUGCUUCCUCAUCAAUACGAGUGCCAAUGUUUUACGCAAAACAACAAACUCAGAAAUGUGUCCGCAAAAAGUACGGCAAACAUGGAUGCAAAUGUAGCAAGUGGUCAAAAGUCAAGUACGGCGAGUUUCCAGUCAAGAACAAAGCCCCUGAAUAUCGUUGUCUUUCUCAAAAGAAAUCAUGCAAAUAA